GCCAAGAGAGGCAUGAACGUCACGGGACUUAUGCUGGACCCAGCAAAGGAGCGCGACCGACUGCGGAGCCAAGCGAGCCAGCGACGGUACCGCGCGCGCAAGAAGCAGAAAGACACGCGGCUGCUCGCGGCCGUGGCCGAGCUCUGGUCCGAGAUCGCGCAGCUUGAGCAGGCGCGGCUGCCGCGCGGCGUCGCAACCUUCACGGGCGUCUCGCGCAUCGGUCGCGACUUUUACAAGCACUUUGAAUUUGGCCUCCACGUUCCGACGCACGAGCAGCAGCGCCAGUUCGCGUACAGCAUGACGUCAUCGUCGCUGGUCUUCAUGGGCGAGCCGAACGGCCUCGCCAUGAUGUUCAAGCAGCUCGCGCUCUACGCGUCGGUCUUUCCAAUGUGCCACCAAGUGUGCGAGUCGGCCGAGACGUGCGCCGUCACGGACGACGACAUCGUCGUCAAGUGCCGCGUACGCCUCCAUCUGCGCCUCUCGCGCAAGUCCGUCGCGACCAUCUACCCGUCGCUGCUCGCGAACGAGCCGCUCGUGCAGCGGCUCAUCGGGCAGACGCUCGUCGUGCCCGUGGUCUCCUACUUUUACGUCGACAAGGCGUCGUCGACGGUCCACAACAUUGAGGUCGACGCUGAUAUCGUGGCCGCUGCCAUCAAUCUCCUCGGCAGCGUCGAGGUCGCAGCUGUCGCGCUCUCGGCGUCCAAGCUCCUCGCGUCGGGCCCGAUCCAGCCGUCGUAGGCUCCGUUGAAUAAUAAAUCCAGUG